UCAACCUUGAUCACAUCGUGACUACAUUUUCCAUUCGGGUGGAAGACUUCAGUCGUGCAAGACGAAAGGAGCUGCACCACAAUGAUCUCUGGACUGGCUGCUUUGGUUCUACUCGGUACAGUGUACCUGAUUCAGACUGCAGAGGUUUCUCAACAGAUGUCUUUGACUGAGGCUGAAGUUGGUGGAAAUGUUACUCUUUACUGUCCAGUUUCUGGGAUGGAUGACAAUUUUUUUUUCUGGUACAAGCAGUCUCCUGGACAAAUGGUCCAAACAGUUGCUUCUGGGCUUCAUGGCAAAUCAACAGUCAGUGAACAAUUUUCACGGUUCACAGCAACAAAAGAGGAUGAUCAGUAUUUUCUUACCAUCAUAAAUAUCAGCAAAGAGGAUGAAGCAACAUACUUCUGUCAGACUGUGUCUGGGUAUUUAUCGAGUUUUGUCAGUGUCACCUUCUUGGCUGUGAACGAUGGUAAUCAUCAGAAAUCUUUCUACGUGAAACAGAGUCCAGAGACUGAGAUGGUCCAGCAGGGCGACCCAGUGACUCUCCAGUGUUCUCUUCUCUCCAAGAACAAAGAAAACACAGACCAGUGUCCAGCUGAACACAGUGUGUACUGGUUCAGAUCUGGACCAGGAGCAUCUCAUCCAGGCCUCCUUUACACCCACAGUGAUGAACAAGAGGAAAGAAGUUGUGUCCACAGUCUGUCCAAAACUAUCCAGAACUCCUCUGAUACUGGGACUUACUACUGCGCUGUGGUCACAUGUGGACAGAUCCUGAAAACACAGACCAGUGUCCAGCUGAACACAGUGUGUACUGGUUCAGAUCUGGACCAGGAGCAUCUCAUCCAGGCCUCCUUUACACCCACAGUGAUGAACAAGAGGAAAGAAGUUGUGUCCACAGUCUGUCCAAAACUAUCCAGAACUCCUCUGAUACUGGGACUUACUACUGCGCUGUGGUCACAUGUGGACAGAUCCUGGUUGGUGAAGGAACUAGAGUGGAGACAAGAUGCGAUUGUGAUUCAGGAUCAGAACUGGAUCCAGUUGUCCCUGUUCUUGGAGUCCUGUUGGCCUGCUGUCUGACUGUGAUCUUCAUCCUAGUUUUCUACAGAAAUC